UUCGGGAAGUCUGGGAUCUGUCGGUCUCCCCGCCUCCCCGUGGGUUUUGUCGCCCUGUUUCUUUAGUUUUCGUGGCUUGCUUCCUAAACCUCCGCAGUCUCGCUCUCUCCACUCCCACCUCCGUCUCCCUAGCCUGGGUCAUUCUCCCGUGCUUCGGUGUCCGAGACCUGAGGGCUGCCCGGCGCCCAGCUCUGCCCGGAAAGAUGGAGGAGCCGGGGUCCCGCGGAGAGGUCAUGGAAGAAGUGACAUCGUGCUCCUCCAACAGCCCUCUGUUCCAGCAGGAAGACAAGAGAGGGGUCACCUACCGGAUCCCAGCCCUGCUCUACAUCCCCCCCACCCACACCUUCCUGGCCUUUGCAGAGAAGCGCUCCACGAGCAGAGACGAGGAUGCUCUCCACCUGGUGCUGAGGCAAGGGUUGAGGACUGGGCACUCGGUACAGUGGGGACCCCUGCUGCCGUUGAUGGAAGCCACACUACCUGGGCAUCGGACCAUGAACCCCUGUCCUGUGUGGGAGCAGAAGAGUGGCUGCGUGUACCUAUUCUUCAUCUGUGUGCGGGGCCACGUCACUGAGCGUCAGCAGGUUGUGUCAGGCAGGAAUGCAGCCCGCCUCUGCUUCAUCUGCAGUCGGGAUGCUGGCUGUUCAUGGAGCGAGGUGAGGGACCUGACUGAAGAGGUUAUUGGCACCGAGGUGAAGCGCUGGGCCACAUUUGCUGUGGGCCCGGGUCAUGGGAUCCAGCUGCAGUCGGGGAGGCUGGUCAUCCCUGCAUAUGCCUACUACAUCCCUUACUGGUUCUUUUGCUUCCCGCUACCAUGUAAAGCCAAGCCUCAUUCCCUGAUGAUCUACAGUGAUGACCUGGGGGCCACCUGGCACCAUGGCAGCCUCCUUAAGCCCAUGGCAACUGUGGAGUGUGAAGUGGCAGAAGUGACCGGGAGGGCGGGCGACCCCGUGCUGUAUUGCAGCGCCCGGACACCAAACAGGUGCCGGGCAGAGGCUUUCAGCAUUAACCGUGGUGAAUGCUUUCAGAGACCAGCCCUGAGCCCUCAGCUCUGUGAGCCCCCGCAUGGCUGCCAAGGCAGUGUGGUGAGUUUCCGACCCAUGGAGAUCCUUCAGGGGUGCCAGGACCCUAAUGGCAAAGAUGCUCCUACCGGUCAGCAGAGCCCUCUGCUGGACAGCUCACCGAGGCUACAGCAGGAAGCCGGCCCACUCUCUGAGUCUUGGCUCUUGUACUCACACCCAACCAGUAAGAAGCGGAGGGUCAACUUAGGCAUCUACCUCAACCAGACCCCCUUGGGGGCUGCCUGCUGGUCCCGCCCGUGGAUCUUGCACUGCGGGCCCUGUGGCUACUCCGAUUUGGCUGCUUUGGAAAAGGAGGGCUUGUUUGGGUGUUUGUUUGAGUGUGGGACCAAACGAGAGUGUGAGCAGAUUGCCUUCCGCCUGUUUACGGACCGAGAGAUCCUGAGCCACAUGCAUGAGGACUGCUGCAGCCCUGGUAGGAGCUCUGAGCCAACUGAAAGCUAAAAUUGGCUUAGGACCCAAAUUUCCAUAGAAAGGAAACCACAGAAGGCAACCACAGCCAGGAUAAUGGAGGCCAGAUUAACAGAGGUGGUUGAAGUCUACAGAAAAUCCAAAAUUCAUAUUCUGCACUCCACUUUUUUUCUCUUCUCCCCCAAAGAGCAAAAGGAAAAUUACGCCAUAGCUACUGCAGUGGGGAGAACUAUGAGUUGGGGAACAAUAAUGUGGUCCUGGUUGUGCCCCUGGCUUGCUAUGAGACCUUGGACAUGUCCCCUGAACUCUCCGGGCCUCAGGUUCCCAUCUGUAAAAUGAGAGGAUUGGUGCUGUGAUUUUUCUUCUUCCCAUUCUUAGGAACGGCAAAAUGCCUGUAGGCUCUACGAUCAACGGGUCCUGGCUGCGUGGGUCUCUGAUAGGACUCUAAUCUUGAAGUGGAAGUCAGAGGACUCAGCUUUUCCAGUGACUCACCCCUCAUCCAGGUGUGAGGUUUGGGCAGGUGUGAGGAAUUGGGCAGAACAGUAGAAUCAUGAGGUCACCUGCCUUCUCCAGCUUUGCAGCUCUGCUCAAUCUUCCCUUCCUCCUCCAGAACCCUUAUUUCCUGGGGAGAAAAUAGGAAGCACAAGGCCAGUGGCCCCUGAUAAUGGUACUUAUUGUUUCUGAGGGUGUUAAUCUUAUGAAAGAUGAACCCGAAGUUCAUGUACUAGAAAGGUUCCUGAGGAGAAAAUGUUGUAGAUUAGGACUCUAAAGCAUUGGCUAGAACUUCCCAUGGUCUCUGCCCUCAAAGAGCUCACAGUUCACGGGGCUAGAAGUGGAGAGAAUUCAAGAAAACCGAUGCAGCUGGUUUAUAGACGUUGGGGCUUAAGUUGGGGUUAUGGUAGCUCCUGACGUCAUUGUCUUAGUCACAUCUUCAUUGUGCUUAGAGUCAGCUGCCAGGGCUUGGCUGGCCACUGAGUUCCUCCCACGUCUGUUUUUCUCAGAAUAUUGUUCUGGCCUAGCCACUCCUCUACUCAUGGAGAAGGUCUUCACCAUGAGGAAGGUCUCCAGACCCUAGACCUCUGAAUCGAGCCAAUUUUUUUUUUUUUGUACCUAUUACAAUCACUAUUUGUGAAGUAGGGGCGCUCCUUUGUUUGAUGGGUUUGGGGCUGAAAUUGACCACGGCUGGGUGUCUCAGAUGAUACCAGAUGAGUUGCUCUUAUUUUAGAAUCUUUCCCCUGGAGCCUUUUCUGUAACAGAAAUUCAGUCACAAAAGACUUGGUUUUUCAGCCUAUUUUAGGAGAAGAAAUACCUUCAACUUGUAUCAAAUAACCAAAUUUGGUGCUGAAUAAUCGCCUAGAGAGGAAGUCUUAGUUGUAGAAUAUAGCCCAGGAGCUGGGGGCUGCGGUUGCUCCUGUCAUAAGAGGGAGAGUCCUCUAGGAUGAAAGUAGAAGUUAAUUUCCCCUGCAUAUGGCUUAAUUCCAUGGCUUAGAAUGACUUUAUAAAACUCCCUUAACCUUUCAUCCAUUUGUCAAAUUUAUCCACCCAGUAUGCUGUUCUGCUCACUCAUUCACUCAUUUAUACAGUUAUCUAAAUAUUCUUGGGAACCUGUCUGUAAUGUAAGGUGCUUUAUCUGUUGCCAUUCCCUGGUUGAAAAGCAUCUGUGGCUCUUCACUUCCUACCAAAGGGUGUUUUUCAUUUAGUCUGGCAUGUAGGGUCUUCAGUUGUUGGGGGAGAUAAGGCGUACUGACCUCUGCUUCUUUGUAUGAAGCCCAUUGUCAGAGAAGAUCUCUGUUAAGCUGGCAGUGGAGGGCGUGGCAGUUGGUGGUACAGGGAGGAACCGGGGAAGGGCAGCCCUCUCCUAAGUCAUAGCAGCUUCAUGUUCUGCAAAUCUUUCCUGAGCAUUGUACCCCCAAAUAGAUAGGAAUAGCAGGGAUGGCUUCCUUCUCCAACAAGGUCUAAAGGAGGAAGAGAAUGAAAAUAGCAAGACAUCCUUGGGAACAUCCAAGAGGGGAGUAGGGGACAGGCCCUCAGUCACAUGCCAGUGCGGACCACAGAUGUCCAGGACCAGCACUCAAAAGAUGUCUUAUCCUCCUCUGAAUUACCCUCCCCUUUGCUUUAUGUUUGCUUCUCUUUAGUGAAUAGAAGUGAAACUCCUAAUAGGUGGUGGGCCUGUGUGCAUCAUUCAGGAUUGGAAAGAAAAGAGGGUUGGGGACAGAGGUAAUCCAGAAUGAGGCUAAAUGGGGGCAGAGCUCAGGGGUAGAGCAUUGGCUGCAGGAUGAGGAUUUUGGAGAGGAAGAGCAGACAGUGGCAGCUAUGAAGAAAACAGUAGGGCAGGAGUUCGGCACCUUUAGGAAGAAAGAGAACGUGGCUCAGAUAAGAGACCUAGGCCAGAGAGGCAGCGUAGGUGGUGGUUGCUGUGAAGAAGAAAUGACAACAGACUGGGGGUGUCUCCUGAUGCGUGUAGGAGGAGCCCUGGGGCAGCUGACUCCAAGCUGUGCGGCCGGCCAGCGCUUCGGGCUACAGACCGGUUCCUCCCCGGCCCUGUCACCGGAAACUGACCUAGCUUGUUCACGUUCCAGAUGACCAACAGAGACAGCUGUAGGCAUUCCUGACUUGUCUGUGCCCAUUCCCCGAGGCCUUCAGGGCCCUGGGACUUGUCCCGUGACCCUGGUAUCCUAACCAAGCCUCUUCCAGGCCCUCUCAGCUUGGGAGAGUGAAAAAGACAGGGCGGGUGAUGGCAGCUGUGAAGAAAAGAGGACAGCAGACUGGAGGCCUCUAGUUUAGAGGCUGUGGCCCCUUUGCCCCGAUGUGCUUCUACCCUGUCUCUGGGCCCUUAGAAUGGAUCCAUCCGGCACACAUGGCGCAUCCCUGGGAGAGCAAGAAAGCAUAGGUAGGGGCCACCUCCUGCUGAUAGGUAUCCAGACCCACUCCCACCCCUUCAAGCUACUGGGCCGGCUCAGGCUUCCCACCUCCCGAUGCCCUCACUCCUAGGCCCCUACUAUUCAUUUCAGAGCUUUUAUUUGGGCGCUUUCCUUGGAUCUGUUUCUCCUGGUCAUCAGUCUUCCCUCCUGUCCUGUCCUUUGGGGUAUCAUAUAACAGUAGCCAUAGAUAGGAGACAUCGCGCCCUGUCUGUUGGGGAACCCAAGGCACCCACAGAGGUCACCCUGAGGCUGCCCUGCCUCCUCUCCAGGGCAGUAGGCUUCAAUACUUCCACUUCGGCCAGCUCAACCUCCCCAGUCUUCUGCAGUAGGCUGUGCGUUUCCCCCACUGCGUUAUGCGGUAGGUGUCAAGUCUUCCCUUUUUGUGUUCCCACAGUGCCCAGUUGGGGCCCCCCUUUGCUCAUUCCCAUAGGGUGCGGGGUAUCAUUGUUGUCUGUCUUGUGCCCUCUAGGCCUCUGUUAGGCUGUGAAUUCCUUGAGGGCCAAGUCUGUAUGAAUCAUCUCUCUAUCCUUUUUACCUGGAAUUAAUAAUUUCUUUAUAAAUAUAGGCUUUUUCUGUUGUGUUCGGAAUUCCCUGAAGGUAAGGACUGUGCCCAAUUCCUCUCUCUGUCCUCUGCUCCCGGCACAGAAUGGGCAGCAGUAAGGCUCUGCUGAAUGGAUCAAGGAAUCAAAGAUCCUUGGCCUUCUGGAGCUAAGUGAGAGGGCCAGGGCGAGCCCCCCAACAGGGAGGAGUAGGUUGCCUCCCUCUGUCGGUUGGAUAGUGUUCUAAACCCGCUGACCAUGUACCUGAAAUGGGUCUUCUCCCUGCUGGCCUGCUUCCAGGUCAGUCCCUAAAGAACUCUUCUCUGGCUUCAGCUGAGUCCUGCCUGGGUGUCUCAGGAUUACAGCCCAAGCCCAAAGCCAAGCCUCGAUAUGGGUUCUCAUGUCAGUGGUAUUUCCCCUCUGUCCCUGAUUGGCAUUUCUGUAACUGCCCCUCCUCCAGGACUCUGGGGCUGACGCCGUGGUUCAAUGUUCUGAGCGUGUCUUGCUCUGUGAUCCCAAAUGCUUAAAGUGCCCUCUGUUCUAUAGAAACUACCAGAACUCUUGGGAACAAGGGAGAUGAAUAAAGAGCUUAAUUCUGGUGA